AAACACCAGGACAGCAGGCCUGGGAGGAAGACGCUGCGGGGAGCGCAGUAUUUAGUGGGAGCAACGAAAGCUAGCCUUGAUUCCACAAGUACUGGGUGAAAUCCAGUCAUCAUGUCAGCUGCGCUGUUGCCAAAGCCACAAAUGCGGCGCCUUUUGGCGAGCCGGAUGAAGUUUCACCUCCUUGGGGCAUUUUUGGUGUCUAUGGGAUGUGCAACUUUGUACAAGUUUGGAGUUGCUGAACCCAGAAAACGAGCUUAUGAAGACUUCUAUAGAAACUAUGACCCCGUGAAGGACUUUGAAGCCAUGAAGGCAGCUGGUGUGCUCGAGAGUGCACCAGCCAAGUGAUGAUUCCCUUCAGUUCAAGGAGGCUUGAUGACCGAACCUUAUUUGUUCACUGAAGUGUAAAGUGAAAUGCAGUUCAGUGCAUGGCACGCUCUAAUGCAGUUCAAUAAAUAAAAUACAGAUGUCAGUGA